GUUCCUGCCACGAUAUUGCCGGAGACAUGGUACAAUCUGGCCCUUCUGCCGUCAACAAACUCCAAUGCGCCCUUCAAAGCCUACAUGCCAGUCUCAAUGGCUGCUAACCUCGGUGUAAGUCAGCCACAGACUCAGCAAUCGUUACAGCAACCACCGCAACCGCCGCCGAUGGGGUGCAAUCAGUGCGUCGCACCCCCGCAAACCGGUAGGCCUUUGACACAUUUGACUGGAAAGUCACCUUGCUGUGCAUUGGGCGAACUUGUAGAUGUUACACCCAAGUGUCCGCCGAAUCCCGUCCCACCUUCGAUGCCGCCAUUUGCUCCCUGUCAAACGCCCCUGCUCUGCCCGGAACCAUUCCCCACGGUGAGGCCGUAUUACCGGUUGCCGCGUGAACCCUACGACCCCUACAGGCCUCGGCGCUCACAGUCCAAGAGAAAGAAUUCCAAGAAACGCUCCAAAACUCCGAAAAAGGCCAAACCUCAUGAAAGGGAACAUACGGAGUCCCCAUCGAAGGACGGGAAAGGCAAGAAGAAGUCCAGGUCUCCUUCACCCCCACAAUCCAAAUCGCCGCGCUCAAAGCCAUUGAAGAGCGCGGGACCUGGGCCACUGUCGACAUCCACCGGUCCAUUGUCCAGUGUUACACCAACUCAACUUCCACCUCCGCCCACUGUGGAGCAACUGCAGUCCGCUGUCCUGAGACCUGUGCAGCCUCGUCCAAAGCCCUACAGCAUUGAGACAGCGCAGACGCUGCCGAUGCCAGCUACUUAUUUAAUUUCAGUAGAACCAGAAAAGGUGGCUACUCGUGAGCGAAGCAGGACACCUGAGAGGAGGUUACAUCCAUGCCAUUGCAUGCCAAUGAUCUACUGCAUGCCCAGUUGUCCCUACCCCUGCCAUCAAUUAAGAUCGCCACGGGCUGACAGACGUAUACAAAGGCUUCUGGAAAUGUGUGAGGGGGUGAGUCUGGCUCCUACCUAUUCGGUGAAAGAAGAAGCUUUUACUCACUCUUGCAUUCUUGUUCUCUUCAUGUGCUACUUUAUUGUGUUUAAAAAGAAUCCCAUCAAAGUUCAAGUUGUAAAGACCCCGCCCUCUGACCAGUCAACUCGUUCAGUUCUUCCAAACAUUACUACUGAGUACCCACACGAAAUGUCACCAUUGAGAACUAUUAUAAAGACUUCUCCACCGCCCCAGCAACCCUUAAACUCACAGGCCCUAUUCGGGAUGAAAAAAGCCACAGAUGAUGAAGAUCGAGGUGAAUUCAGAGCAGGCAGACCGCCGAGUCGACGUGGAGCUCCACCGUUACAGCCGCCACCGCCACCACCACCGCCACCACUACAGGGAGGUUCAACACUGUCGACUCCAAAUCGUGGCAACCCUGCGCCCAGGUUGGGUCCCAAACCCACUAUACAAUGGCCGCCGCGUAUUCGACCUGGCGGGUCGGAUAAGCCAACCAGUCCGCCAAUAAUCGAAUUCGGUGGAGUGAAGCGGAUCAGCGAAUCGAGCGAUGAUUGUGGCGGUGGAGGGGCAUCUCAGGUUGAGGGCUCCUACGAAGUGAUUUGGGACUACUUUAGUGAAAACGGUGGAGAGACUGAUGAGGAAGGGGGAGACCGAGAGGUAGGGCUAAAAGGAGGGCAAAGUGGGCUAAAGUAG